AUGGCACGCGGACCGAGAAAACACUUGAAGCGAAUCAAUGCUCCAAGCCAUUGGAUGCUUGACAAACUUACUGGAACUUAUGCACCAAGACCUUCUCCCGGUCCCCAUAAACUUCGUGAGUGCUUGCCCCUCACUAUCUUUUUGAGAAAUCGUCUCAAGUAUGCACUUACUGGCAAGGAGGUGCAAAGUAUUCUUAUGCAACGUCUUGUGAAGGUCGAUGGUAAAGUGCGGACGGACACAAAAUUUCCAGCCGGAUUUAUGGAUGUAAUCUCAAUUGAGAAAACCGGUGAAAACUUUCGUUUAAUCUACGACACUAAGGGACGUUUCACCAUUCACAGGAUCACCGCUGAAGAAGCAAAGUACAAAUUAUGUAAAGUGAAAAAAAUGCAAGUUGGUGCUAAGGGAAUCCCAUUUAUUGUCACACAUGACGGACGUACUAUUCGUUAUCCGGAUCCGCUGAUUAAAGUUAACGACACGAUCAAAUUCGACAUUGAAACUAAUAAGCCUACCGAAUUCAUUAAGUUUGAAGUGGGAAAUGUCGCGAUGAUAACGGGCGGUCGUAAUAUGGGGCGUGUUGGAAUUAUAACGCAUCGAGAAAAACAUAUCGGAGGUUAUAAUAUUGUCCAUGUAAAAGACUCUCAAGAAAGACAAUUUGCCACGCGUCUUAACAAUGUUUUUGUUAUUGGUGAAGGUGCGAAACCAUUUAUAUCAUUGCCUAAAGGCAAAGGUGUCAAAGUGAGUAUUAUUUUUAUAAAGUAA